UAAUCGAAAAUACAGAAAUUACAAAGGAUGAACUAAAAACUAGUUGGAGUCGAGAUCUGUAAAUGAAGCUGAUUAGUUUAACACAACCCCGCAGAUUAUAGAUACUCAUGAAUAGUCACAACAUUCAACUGACCGAUUGGUCGAAAGAUGGCGGACCUCGAAGCAGUGCUUGCCGAUGUGAGUUAUUUGAUGGCGAUGGAGAAGAGCAAAUCUACUCCAGCGGCCCGAGCGAGCAAGAAAAUUAUCCUCCCUGAGCCCAGUAUUCGCAGUGUGAUGCAGAAAUACCUUGAAGAGAGAGAUGAACUGACAUUUGACAAAAUUUUCAACCAGAAAAUUGGCUUCCUGCUGUUCAAGGACUUCUGUUUGAAUGAAAUUGAUGAGGCAGUACCACAGCUAAAAUUCUACGAAGAAAUUAAAGAGUAUGAGAAGCUGGACUCCGAGGAGGAGAGGCUAAGCCGGAGCCGACAGAUUUACGAUGGAUACAUCAUGAAGGAGCUCCUGUCCUGUUCACAUCCUUUUUCUAAGAAAGCAGUGGAUCAUGUACAAAGUCAUUUGGCAAAGAAGCAAGUUCCUCCAACUCUUUUUCAGCCAUACAUUGUUGAGAUCUGUGACAGCUUGAGAGGGAAGAUCUUCCAAAAAUUUAUUGAAAGUGACAAAUUCACUCGUUUUUGCCAGUGGAAGAAUGUGGAGCUCAAUAUUCACCUGACCAUGAAUGACUUUAGUGUUCAUCGGAUAAUCGGCAGGGGAGGCUUUGGAGAGGUGUAUGGCUGCAGGAAAGCAGAUACAGGAAAGAUGUAUGCCAUGAAAUGUUUGGACAAGAAGAGAAUUAAGAUGAAGCAAGGAGAGACGCUGGCACUCAAUGAAAGAAUUAUGCUCUCACUUGUUAGCACAGGGGAUUGCCCAUUCAUUGUAUGUAUGACCUAUGCCUUCCACACCCCUGACAAGCUAUGCUUCAUACUGGACCUUAUGAAUGGUGGUGACCUGCAUUACCAUCUUUCUCAACAUGGAGUGUUCAGUGAGAAGGAGAUGCGUUUUUAUGCAGCUGAAAUAAUCUUGGGACUGGAACAUAUGCACAAUCGUUUUGUUGUCUACAGAGACCUCAAGCCAGCUAAUAUCCUGUUGGACGAACAUGGACAUGUUCGUAUCUCCGACCUCGGACUGGCUUGUGACUUCUCUAAGAAAAAGCCCCAUGCCAGUGUAGGUACACACGGUUACAUGGCUCCAGAGGUCCUGCAAAAAGGAACGGCGUACGACAGCAGUGCUGACUGGUUCUCUUUAGGCUGCAUGCUCUUCAAAUUGCUCCGGGGGCACAGUCCUUUCAGGCAGCACAAGACCAAAGAUAAACAUGAGAUCGACCGCAUGACGCUCACCAUGAACGUAGAGCUCCCGGACUCAUUCACCACAGAGCUCAAGGACCUGCUGGAGGGUCUGCUGCAGAGGGACGUAUCCAAGAGACUCGGCUGCCAGGGGCAAGGAGCUCAAGAAGUAAAGGAACACCAGUUUUUCAAAGGCAUCGAUUGGCAGCAGGUGUAUCUGCAAAAGUACUCUCCCCCAUUAAUUCCUCCCAGAGGAGAAGUAAAUGCUGCUGACGCUUUUGAUAUAGGCUCUUUUGAUGAGGAGGACACCAAGGGCAUCAAGUUGCUGGACAGUGACCAGGAAUUGUACAAGAACUUCCCCCUGGUCAUAUCGGAGCGCUGGCAGCAGGAGGUGGCAGAAACUGUGUAUGAGGCGGUGAACUCCGACACAGACAAGAUUGAGGCUCGCAAACGAGCCAAAAACAAGCAACUAGGCCAUGAAGAAGACUAUGCCUUAGGAAAAGACUGCAUAAUGCAUGGCUACAUGCUCAAGUUGGGGAACCCCUUCCUAACCCAGUGGCAGCGCAGAUACUUCUAUCUUUUCCCUAACCGUGUGGAGUGGAGAGGGGAAGGCGAAUCUCGGCAAAAUCUGCUGACGAUGGAGCAAAUAGUGACUGUGGAAGAAACACAGAUAAAAGACAAGAAGUGCAUCUUGCUACGCAUCAAAGGUGGAAAGCAGUUUGUGCUGCAGUGUGAGAGUGAUCCUGAGUUUGUGCAGUGGAAGAAAGAGCUGACUGAAGCGUUUACAGAGGCCCAGAAGCUACUGCGUCGUGCCCCCAAAGUCAUUGGCAAAGGCAGAGCAGGAGUGGUUGAGCUGUCCAAACCUCCCCUUACACACCGCAAUAGCAAUGGCUUGUGAACCGGCACACUCAUUUGCACACACAGUCUGACCACAGUCCUCCCUGUUUACUCACUAGCCUCAGGACUUUAGGACCUGAACCCUGUCCAUCCCUGGAGCCUGAUUCCUGUGCGUGUGUUUACGGACCAACAGCACACAGCUUAAUUUGUGACCAAUCAUCUGUUGUUUGUACCACCAUGGAACUUGACUUGUCAUCGUGAUGGAGGAUGGGUGCUGGAUAUUACAUUUAGAGGUCUUAGCAUGUGAAAGGCCUCUGAGUGAAUGUCUAUGUCCAGGAAAAGCUCCCUUGGCUUAAUGUUUUGCUUACUAUUUCUCCACACUUUCUACAGAAAUUAAUUCAGGAGGCUUGCAUUGAACCAGCUUUAUCGUGGACCAGCUGAAGGACGUUCCCUUUUCCUUCAGAAGAAAAUCAGAAAAAGUAUUUCUUAUGUAUAUGUGUAUUUUUGAGUGGCCUAACUUAGAAAAAAUGGCUGCUCAAAAUGUUGUUCUCUUCAUUGUGUCUGUAACCAUUCCUCCCCUCCAAGUGAAGUGCGUGAAGUGCCAACAUUGAUAUGUACUUGAGACACCUGGACACAACAGCCUGGUGGUGGUUUUUGCCCACAAAUUCACAGAGAUGGAGUGAAAGCAGGGUGUUAAUGGUUCAGGCCUGAUCAUUCCAACGCCAGGAAGUGCAAGGACCACAGACUGUUCUGAUUGGCCCUCGGACACAGUUACUAUAGAGACUGCACUUCGAUUGGGUGACAAGCAGCAGCUGGUUACUAUGGGAACCCCAUAGACUGGUAUCCAAGGACAACAUUGUAACUUGGGCUACACUCUGAGGUGAAGAAAUCAAGGAGAUCGUCAGGAGAACAGGGAGUGACUCUUGAGUGUAUAUAAGUAACCCUUUCUCUGUGCAUCUCCAGUGUUUUAGUCUAUGCUACAAUGUGUGUGCAUUAUCAAGGACUUCUCUGUCUGCCUGUUGUGAGUUGUCCAUGUGUUGGGCUUUUUGAAAAAGGGGUUGGGGUCAGUUCUUGUGGGUGGGAGCAACCAGAGGAACUUUCAAUUACUCACAGCAUACAUAACCUUUUUGGACAUUGUCAGUUUAUCUAGGCUGAGCGAUGACUUUCUUUUAUGGGCCAAAUGUUCUUUGUGCGAUGUGCGUGUGUGUAUGAGCACGUGUAUGAGUGAGAGAAGUAUAUAUUUGUCAUUGUAUCAAUCAUUAUAAAACAAUCCACCUCUGAUUUUAGUGUGAAUAUGAAGAUGACCACCUUAAGCUAAUUUAAAGAUAUUUCACUCUAUAUACAUUUUAGGGGCAUUUCUGGUUUCUUUUAUAUGAAGGUUUGAAAUGUUCUACUUUUUGCACUCUUUUUAUCCAACCUGCCUUGAUUUCAGUUUGUUCAUUCAUUCCAAUGUCAUUCAGAAUUCCCUGAAAUCAAGUUUCUAAUACUGAUAUAGAACUAGCUACACAGUAAUGUUUAUUAAAUGUCAUUACUUUGUAAAUGGGUUCAGGAUGCAUGUAUAUUUUACUUUCAGUCAGCUUUCAGUCAAACUCAAUAUCACUUAAUAUUAGAUUAUCAGUUUAAGAUGCCCUGUUACAGUCCUAUUAUUCCAUAUCACAAGUCCCUUCAUAAAUCCAAUGUUUUUGAGGCUUUUAAUGUAAAUAAUUGUAGGUUGUCACAAGUUUAAUAGUAUGAGACUGUUGAAUUUAUACUUGGGAAUAAGUGCUUGUAUAGAUGAAUAAUAGUUCAUAUUAGCCAGUUAUAGCCUGUGUCAUCUUAACAUUUUGUAUUGCCCACUUAUGUCAAUCAAAAUGUUGUCUACAGUUUAUUUCCUUAAUCUCAGAAUCUUGGGUAUAAACGUUUUUUCAUUUGUAUUUUUUAAAUUACUCCCACCAGAUCCACAAAUGACAAUUAUAGCUUGAGUUGUAUGUAUUUGAGUCGUCAUUGACAGUCUUGGCUUGAGAGGGUAGUGAAGUAUGUUGGGAAAAUCACUCUACUCUAUUAAGUUUGUGUUGAUGCAGUAUUGUCAUUGUAAUGUCCAUGCAUUUCUUAGUUAAUAUUCAACUUUGCAGAAAAAGGUUAAUUGGGGUGCAUUUUUGAUUAGUAUUUUUAUUUUUAGCUUUAUUAUUCAGGGGAGAGUUUUUUUGUCUAGAAAGAUGUGACACCUUUCAAGGUGUCUUUUUAAUUUUAUAAACCAAAAUGGUUUUGUUGUUUUACUCUUCUUGCACCUUUUAGCCCACUGUGUUACUUAUUAGUUGUUAAAUGUGCCAAAUAACUUGGAAGCUUGAUGGGAACCAAUGGGAAGCCGUCCUUUGGGACCUUUGACCCCUCUCUCUGUGGGCUCUGUGGACCAGUUGAGUCAGCAGUCCACAGUUGAACUUUGGUCCAGAGUAACAGUCGGAAGCAGGGGUGCAAAACUGUGACCAAUUGUGUUUUUUCAGGACUGAAUGCAACAGAGUGCAUCAGACAGGCCUCUACCAAGUUGCCAUGAAACUUUCACCCCACUUCACCUCUCUGUAUGUAUGUGUGAGCAAAUGUGUGCUUAUUAUUGUAUGUUUGCUUUGUGAACUACUUAAUUCUUGUGUUUGUACACAAAUCUGUCCAGAUACCGGCUCAACACAAGACCAUUUAAAGGGUGUGGAAUAUAGGAAAAAUUAAAGGUAUAUAUAAAUAUAUGUGUAUAAUAUGAAAUAAAAAAAUUCUCUAGGUUUAUUUAAAAAAUGAUGUAGAAAACAGAAAUUGUUGCGAGGACAUCAGGGGUUUUGAUGUGAGUUUAUGUUUGUUGUUAUGAGUUCAGCUCAAACCUUGCACAUAAAGACUGAGAUAUUGUACCUGGAGUAACAGAUGAAUAUUUUUGUUCAAAUACCGGACUCUUUCAUAUUUAUUGUGGAGUGUGUGGAGACUAUGGUGGUAGAUCCUCCGGUUUACACCCAUCAAAACCCUUUUUCAAUGUUAUAAACACAAGUACUACUGGCUUUAGUUUAUUGCCAUUCAGGUUAUGAUGAUGCUGAAAUAUAAGUGAUAUUAUUCAACAAUUAAAUUAAUUUUAUUUCGA